UUUAAAUACAUAAAUGUAAUGGGCAACGCACAACCAGGAAGAGUUGGGCCAUUUACAGGUGGUCCAUUUGGCGGACACCCAUCGGGACAUCCACAAGAUGUAUACCGACCACCGGGUCCGUACCCCCCACCGGACAGAGGUCAGAUUGAGAGCUUUCCAUAUCAAAGUCCUCCUACACCUUUCGCGCAAGGCUAUACGGAUAACCGACAAAAUGCGGCCACACAGUACCCUCAGCAAGAUGCCGUAUCUCCACAAGCAUACCAACAAGGAUAUCAACAAGGAUACCAGCCAUAUCCACAACAGCCACCAGGAUAUCCACCGCCGGGAUAUCCACAAGCAUACCCACAGCAAGGAUAUCCACCACAAGGAUAUCCUUACCAACAAUAUCCACCACCUCAACCACCAAGUAUGGCGCAGACGACGUUCUGUGCUGCAUGCAUGGCUUGCCUUACAUGUUUGAUGUGCUCGUGCUGUCAAGGUCUAAUGGGUGUUCCCGGUGACGACAGCAUUGCUGAAAGUGCCGGCCCCACUGGAGGUCAACCCCAGGUGUCACCACCAGGCGCGGUUGGGGACGAUGACUAGUGAAUUAAAAAAUAUAUUGAAAAUAUUUGUAGAAAGUUACUUUGCCUUGUCUUGUCAAAAUUAUAAAGUUUUCUGUAUCUCAGUAAGAAUGCAAGCGGUUAUCUGAAUUUUACGUUAUAGUGAAGCAACCACUGAUGCGUUGACAAAUCGACGGAGGAGAGGACACACAGAAAGAAAAUUACUCCUUUCUUUGCUUCGUCAAAUCCACUUCCCAUCCUUUCCUUAUAAGAAAAGAGAGGGAAGGAUUUUGUAUAAUUUUUUAUAAAAUAUUGUACCUAAUUUACAGCUACGAAUGAAAUUAGUCAAAACUAAUUAUUUCUUAUUUAUUAAAUAAUUAUUGGAACUUGAGAAUAUGUAAAAAUAUCGCGACAUAUAUGCGAUAUUUAUGCUAUAUGUUGUCUUCUUCACUCUUAUUUAAAUAAACAGAAACAACGAUAUAUUUUGUUUUACGUGAAGUGGAUGAAUUGUGUAAGCCUUUGAUUGUGAUAUUAUAUUGUAUUA